AUGCGCCCUUUUGUCCGGAAGUCAAGCAAGCGCGCUGCUGUCGCCGUCAGCCUCGUUGUCGGAACCGUUUACAUGCUGGAGGCACUUAAGAUCAGAAAGAAGGAGGAACGCUUUUCUGUGAUCAUUGAGGAUGAAUCUAAGCUGUGGCAGGGCGCAUGA